AUGUCAUACGAAGGCCUGGCUUACCCGAUGGGAUACAGCGCCGCUUUAUUUAGUACAUUGGUGGUGGGCAUUGGAGUUUAUCUGGUGGUAUAUUUUAUGGCUGUAGCUGCUAAUGCAGUAUUAGAUGUAGGAGAUGCCAUCGUUCCUUGCUCAGAAGUUAUAAAAAGUGUGCAGCCUACUACAUGGUAUGCGGUUCCAGUGGCAGUUGUGUCAUCAUUGUUCCGGAUUACAGAAGAUGAAGUAGGAAUUUUUCUGACAUUUUUCGCUUGA